AAGUGAACUGUUCUCAUGCAUAUAAAUGCGCAUCAAGUAAAAUGUGUAUACCAAUGGAACAAGUAUGCGAUGGUCAUAUACAAUGUGUGCAUGGAGACGACGAAACUCUUUGCGGUUUUCAAUGUCCGGCAAACUGUACAUGUGCAGGUUUUUAUUCAAACUGCAGUGCGGUUGACUUCGAACUGACUACAAUUCCUUCGAUUCCUCAGAACACACGUUACCUUGAUCUGAGCUACAACAAUAAAUUAAGCUUCGUAUUGCAGGAUGCAUGGCUAAAGACUAAACUGCUAUCAGUUUUAAAUAUAUCUCAUUGUCAUAUUGAAUCAAUAUCUCGACAUGCAUUUGACAACAUGAGGAACCUUCGUUUGCUGGACUUAAGUUUCAACAAACUAUCAAGAAUCUCCGAAUUUGUUUUCGGAAGUUUGAAAAAACUUACUACACUUAUACUUCGUGGCAAUGGUAAUAUCUCAGUCAUUGAAACAAAUGCAUUUGACGGUUUAUCGCAGGUCCAGUCUCUAGAUUUUAACACUAUGAAACUGAGUAAAAUAUCGGCCGGGACAUUUGCUGGAUUAAAUUUAACAACAGCAGACUUGUCUAACAACCGACUGACAGCGAUCGAAGAUUUUGCAUUCAGCGAUUCAAUUAUAGAAAAUAUUAACUUUGAAGGCAAUGACAUCAAACACUUUAAUAAAGAAAUAUUUACUGGACUGACAGGCUUGAAGACACUAAGGACAUCAGCGUUCAAGUUUUGUUGCAUUCGACCAAAUUAUGUACGAGAGGAAAACUGCUACCCGCAAAGAGAUGAGUUUUCGUCAUGCGAAGACCUCAUGAGAAAUCCUGCGUUACAAUUUUUGCUAUGGCUAAUUGGAGUAACAGCUUUAAUUGGCAAUUUCUUGACGAUCAUUUAUAGGACCAAGUACGACAAAAAAAGACUCAAACUAGGGUUUGGAAUAUUUACGACAAAUCUUGCAGUAGCGGAUUUUCUCAUGGGUGUUUAUCUUCUAAUAAUUGCUAUAGCAGAUGCGGCUUUUAGGAAAAGGUACAUUUACGUUUCCGAUUAUUGGAAAGGUAGUGCAUGGUGCAAUUUAGCAGGAAUCUUGUCUACAAUGUCAUCUGAAGCCAGUGUGUUGUUUCUUUGUUUAAUAACAUUGGACAGAAUAUUAAUUAUAAAAUAUCCAUUUGGAGAUGUCAGGAUCUCCAAAGAAAAGGCAAUUGCAUGCACCUCAUUUACAUGGCUUUUCGCUGUUACUAUUGCCGUAUUUCCUCUUACGUAUGAGCACUACUUCAAAAAUAUGUUUUACUCACGAUCUGGGGUUUGCAUUGCGCUACCUUUAACAAGAGACCGCCCGCCUGGUUGGAUCUAUUCACUAACCUUAUUUGUCGGCUUGAAUUUCAUUACUUUCAUAAUGGUUGCAUUUGGGCAGUUGUCCAUUUUCUUUGGAAUGAAAGAAUCAACUGGUAACGCCACUACAGCUGAAGCUGCACGGAAGAGGGAUUUGAAAGUUGCAAGAAAUUUACUUUUAGUGGUUGCUACAGAUUUUUUGUGCUGGUUUCCUAUUGGAGUUAUGGGAAUAAUGGCCUUAUCUGGUCAUGUGAUUUCCGGUGACGUCUAUGCGUGGGCAGCUGUUUUCAUAUUGCCAAUCAAUUCAGCACUUAACCCGAUUCUUUAUACUUUAACUGCGAUUAUUGCGGGCACGAAGUUCCAACCAAGUACAAAGGACCAGUCAGUAAAACAGAUCACAAAAGAGACUGGGGAGAGCAUGUUGACAUUCUAUACCAUAAGCUCACGAAUUACACAGAAGGAACUCCCGGUAUCGAAAUACAGCACACAGGAAGAAUUGACUGGAACAGUGAUGAUAAAGGGAGAAUUGUUCAUUUCCUUCAAGCCGGAAGAUAAAGCAAACGAUAUUUACGAGCUUGGGAUGUUCCUGCGUGGUCUGAUUAAUAUUAAAAAGAAGAAGUGUUAG